UUUCUAGAUUGCUUCAAUCUUUUCCAGCACUUGGACAAAGAAGCUCCCUACUACAUUCUCCAACUGAACGGAGACAUAGAAGAUUAGGACCGGUACCAGGAGAAGAUGUCCACAUCAGAGUGCAGGAAUUCACAGAGGUGGAAGAGAUGGAUCAAGCCAGCAGCUCUAUCUCUCUUUCUUCUUCUGGUGUGUUCGCAGGGAAUAGCCGAGGGACGCAGAGUCACCAAAAUUCCUCGCUGCCCAGCAACCUGCUCUUGCACCAAAGACAGUGCCUUCUGCGUGGACACUAAAGCCAUCCCCAAAAGCUUCCCACCUGGCAUCAUUUCACUGACGAUGGUGAACGCAGGCUUCACUGAAAUCCCAGAAGGAGCGUUUUCUCACCUCCACUUGCUGCAGUUCCUUUUGCUGAAUUCCAACACUUUCACUGUGAUUGCUGAUGAUGCCUUCGCUGGCCUCUCGCACCUGCAAUAUCUGUUUAUUGAGAAUAAUGACAUUCAGUCACUGUCCAAAUACACUUUCAGAGGCUUGAAGUCUUUAACACACCUAUCUCUGUCUAACAACAACCUGCAGGUUUUACCCAGAGAACUGCUCAAACACCAGGACAUCCUUACUGACCUAGACCUGAGAGGGAAUUCGUUCCGCUGCGACUGUAAGAUUAAGUGGCUGGUGGACUGGAUGGAGAAAACAAACACCUCUGUCCCGGCUAUAUACUGUGCCAGUCCCUUCGAGUUCCAGGGUCGACGUAUCCAGGACUUAACACCGCGAGACUUCAACUGUAUUAGUGCAGAUUUUGCUUCAUAUGAGACCUACCCAUUCCAGUCCCUCUCUGUGGAGGCGUACGACUUUAACGAUGACCUAUACGAGGUGUUCGCUCAACCCAACACGGGAAUAUGUGCCGUUUACAUCUGGGAUCACGUGAACAUGCUUUUCCGGACCCAUUACAACAUCACGUCUCGAUCUGCAGUCUACUGCAAGCCCGUGGUGAUCAACAACACACUCUACAUGGUGGUAGCCCAACUCUUUGGAGGAUCCCAUAUCUACAAGUGGGAAGAAGGCCCUUUGCAGUUUGUGAAAAUCCAGGACAUUGACGCCAGCCGUGUCCGCAAACCCAAUUUCAUUGAGACCUUUCAGAUUGAAGGACUCUGGUACUUUGCUGUAGUGGACAGCUCAAAGGCAGGCUCCACGAGCAUCUACCAAUGGAACAGCAAUGGCUUCUACUCACACCAGUCGCUUCACCCGUGGCACCGCGACACACACAUACACUUCCUGGAGGCAGAAGGAAAGGCUCGGCUAAUCCUCUCGAGCUCCUCGCAGCCUCCGAUGGUGUACCAGUGGAACCGUGGAACACAGCAGUUUGUCUUCCACUCACAAAUCCCAUAUGCAAGCGAUGUCCACUUGGUCAAGCACUUCUGGGCCCAUCAGGCACUCUACCUCUGCCUGAUGCGGUUCAUUGGAGACUCGAGGCUCGUGCGAUGGGAAAGCCAGCGCUUUGUGGAGAUCCAGACGCUCCCUUCGCGCGGCUCAAUGGCACUGCAACCAUUUUGCGUAGGAGUGAGACAGUACCUGGUUCUGGGCAGCGAUUACUCAUUCUCACGGAUCUACCUGUGGGACGAGCUCACACAGCGCUUUCAGCCUUUCCAGGAGCUCAACGUUUUGGCACCUCGUGGAUUUAGCCUGGUCUCCAUUGACAACAAAGAUAUCCUGCUGGUUGCCAGCUUUAAAGGAAAGACUGUAGCAUAUCAGCAUCUACUGGUGGACCUCAGUGCCAAGUAACAUGAAACUAAAGAUGUUUUCAUCCAAGGAAAAUUGAUUUGUUAAAAGAGAUCAAUACCUUGCCUGGCUUUGGUUUCAGAUUCGGUUUAUAUACUAUUCUUUUGGACAGGUUUUUAAAGUUUAGACAUUGGAAAAAUCAGAAUAUUAGUUAGCAUGCUCUCUUACCUUUCAAGAAUAGACCUGGACACUGCUCAGUAAAUCUCUCCUGGAUAUAAGCUUAUACAUAUACAGUAAAUAUGACAGUAAUUGAGGGGGGCACGGUGGCUUUGUGGUUAGCACAUUCGCCUCACACCUCCAGGGUUGGGGGUUCGAUUCCCACCUCCGCCUUGUGUGUGUGGAGUUUGCAUGUUCUCCCCGUGCCUCGGGGGUUUCCUCCGGGUACUCCGGUUUCCUCCCCCGGUCCAAAGACAUGCAUGGUAGGUUGAUUGGAAUCUCUGGAAAAUUGUCCGUAGUGUGUGAUUGUGUGAGUGAAUGAGAGUGUGUGUGUGCCCUGCGAUGGGUUGGCACUCCGUCCAGGGUGUAUCCUGCCUUGAUGCCCGAUGACGCCUGAGAUAGGCACAGGCUCCCCGUGACCCGAGGUAGUUCGGAUAAGCGGUAGAAAAUGAAUGAAUGAAUGAAUGACAGUAAUUGAAACCGGAGUUCAAAGUAAAACAAGAUCUACAUUCACUAUUAAAUUUAUUAGGAGCAUCUGCCAAUCAGCCAAUGCAGUUUACACCGAAUACAUCCAGGGAGCAGCUGUUCAGGUCCUGAUGCAAAGAAAAACCGCCUUGUUGAUAAGAAGCUUGGAGGAGAAUGGGCAGUAAGUCUGAUGGGAAGCAUUCAGUGACUUCAGUAACAACGCUAUACAAACAUGGCCAGCAGAAAAGCAUAUCAAAAUGCACACUUUGAACCCUGAUGCAGGUCUAGGGUUACAACAUCUGGAUUGGCUGACUGGAUAAUUGUAUGCAUGAAUAGGCGUUCAGAUGUUCCUAUUAAAGUAGACCGUUUGACAGUUCCUCGAAUAUGAAGCACACUAUUAAGCAUGGAAUAGACAUUAUUUUUUUUGUUUACAGUCAAUUUGACGGGUCUUUCCAGAAAAUACAGAUUACAAAUGACCAAGAUUUGACCAAAGUAAUAUACUUGUUAUAAACAAUAGAUAAGAUUUAAACUUAAACAUAUAAAUGCUUUAAACAUCAUAGUAUAUUUGAAUCCAUACUUUUUUCCCAGGUUCAUGUUUUUUAUCUCCAGGCCUCAACAAAGUUUAUGUCCAAAAUCUGUUUGCGCUAUAAGAGUUGCAGAUUUUCAUGCAGAUUUUAUGUGCAUGUGCUGUGCUAGACUAAUAACUAGAAUACUUUCUAUGUAGUUAUAACAAUAUUAUUUCAUCCUAUUUUCAUCUACACACUUUCUCCCAUCCUGCAAGAUUGCAAAGUACAAACUUAUUGUCAUUCUGUUCACUGAAACUACUGGAAAAACAAGCAUCUCUGUCUCUUCGGGUUGUCCUUAAGACUGAGCAUGUGGAGGAACCGUGACUAACAUGAACCGUCACAAACGUUUGUUGUCAAUAUUACAAAUAAAUUUAUACUAUACUUUCUCACCA